AAGAUGGACGGGUGACCUGGUCAGGCUGUCUCCCGCAUCCCUCCCCACAACCUCUGAGCAUUCCCUCCCAGGACCCUUGGAGAAAUCUGCACUGGGGAUGAAAGAUCUAAACAUGCUGGUUCAUAGCUGUCAACUUUCAGAUUUGAAAAUAAGGGAUCAGCAGCCUCACCUGUCCCCACGUCCCUGUGGCACCACGUAUCCUACUCAAAAUUCCACUUUGUCAGACUGCAGCCCACAAAACAUUUAUCAGCCUUUAAGGGCUGCAAAGAUGAAUCAACAGAAGCAUAGUUCAUCUAUGGAAUGCAUCCUACAGGAGACAGUGACAGCCAGCAACUUGGAUAGCUUGGAAAAAAGGAUAAGACUGACGUCUCUGCUCUGCCCUCGCGGUCCUAGGCAAUAAUGCUUCUUAAUACUAGUUUCUGGAAAGCACAGGAAAGCAGAGAAGACUCUUGUGCUCCAAUCCUGCUUGCCGGUUUCCCACAGGCAUCUGGUUGGCCUCUGUGAGAAGAGGAUGCUGGACUAGACUCCCAAACAGGUGAGGAAGAUGAAGGUCAGAAUUCUAUGGAGCUACAUGUGAAUUUAUUGGGAAGAAAGAAACUGAGGAUACAACAACAAACUCACAAAGGAGAGAUACUAUUUGAAUGUAUGAAGUGUGGAACGAGCUUUAGUCAUAGUCAAGCACUUAGAAUACAUCAACGAACUCACACGGGUGAGAAACCAUUUAAAUGUAUGGAGUGCGGUAAGAGCUUCAGUCAAAGUGGAAAUCUUAGAAUACAUCAACGAACUCACACGGGGGAGAAACCAUUUAAAUGUAUGGAGUGCGGUAAGAGCUUCAGUCAAAGUGGACAUCUUAGAAGACAUCAACGAACUCACACGGGUGAGAAACCAUUUAAAUGUAUCGAGUGUGAAAAGAGCUUCAGUACGAAUGGAGCACUUACAAGUCAUCAGCGAACUCACACUGGGGAGAAACCAUUUAAAUGUAUGGAGUGCGUUAAGAGCUUCAGUGAAAGUGGAUAUCUUAGAAUACAUCAACGAACUCACACGGGUGAGAAACCAUUUAAAUGUAUGGAGUGCGGUAAGAGCUUCAGUGAUAGUGGAUCACUUAGAAUACACCAACGAACUCACACAGGGGAGAAACCAUUUAAAUGUAUGGAGUGCGGUAAGAGCUUCAUUCAGUAUGGACACCUUAGAAUACAUCAACGAACUCACACGGGGGAGAAACCAUUUAAAUGUAUUGAAUGUAGAAAGAUCUUCAGUGAAAGUGGGAAACUUAGAAUACAUCAACGAACUCACACGGGGGAGAAACCAUUUAAAUGUAUGGAGUGCGGUAAGAGCUUUAGUCACAGUGGAUAUCUUAGAAUACAUCAACGAACUCACACGGGUGAGAAACCAUUUAAAUGUAUGGAGUGUGAAAAGAGCUUCAGUACGAAUGGAGCACUUACAAGUCAUCAGCGAACUCACACUGGGGAGAAACCAUUUAAAUGUAUGGAGUGCAGUAAGAGCUUCAGUACGAAUGGAGAACUUACAAUACAUCAACGAACUCACACGGGGGAGAAACCAUUUAAAUGUAUUGAAUGUAGAAAGAUCUUCAGUGAAAGUGGGAAACUUAGAAUACAUCAACGAACUCACACGGGGGAGAAACCGUUUAAAUGUAUGGAGUGCGGUAAGAGCUUCAGUCAAAGUGGACAUCUUAGAAUACAUCAACGAACUCACACGGGUGAGAAACCAUUUAAAUGUAUGGAGUGCGGUAAGCGCUUCAGUCAAAGUGGACAUCUUAGAAUACAUCAACGAACUCACACGGGGGAGAAACCAUUUAAAUGUAUUGAAUGUAGAAAGAUCUUCAGUGAAAGUGGGAAACUUAGAAUACAUCAACGAACUCACACGGGGGAGAAACCAUUUAAAUGUAUGGAGUGCGGUAAGAGCUUUAGUCACAGUGGAUAUCUUAGAAUACAUCAACGAACUCACACGGGUGAGAAACCAUUUAAAUGUAUGGAGUGCGGUAAGAGCUUCAGUGAAAGUGAGAAACUUAGAAUACACCAACGAACUCACACAGGGGAGAAACCAUUUAAAUGUAUGGAGUGCGGUAAGAGCUUCAGUGAAAGUGGAACACUUAGAAUACAUCAACAAACUCAUACGGGGGAGAAUGCAUUUGAAUGUAUUGAAUGUGGAAAAAGCUUCAGUACAAGUUGGAAACUUAGAAUACACCAACGAACUCACACAGGGGAGAAGCCAUUUAAAUGUAUGGAGUGUGGAAAGAGCUUCAGUAAAAAUGAACACCUUAGAAGACAUCAGCUAACACACACACACAAUGAAAAUUACAGGGUAUUCCUGCUUUGAGGCAAAGAAAGCCCUCAAAAUGCUUACAAAGCUGCCCUGACAGCUGAAAAUUCUAUCAGAUAUCAAGCCUAUCUUGCUGUCCGUGCCCUAAAAAAAGAGUAUAAAGACCUAAUACUCCACCAAAAGAAUGCCUAUACCAGAAAAUGUUGGCUGGAAUUAAUUAGUGCGGCAAAAGCAAAAGAUCAUACACUAUUCUGGAAUCUGGUAGCUUCUGG